GUAGGAAGUUUGUUCUGUUUGGCAAUUAUUGUUCUGUUUGGCCUUAUUCCCGCUGCAGGGUUUUAAAUUUUUUUUAGAGGAAGCUAAGCUACAGAAUGGAGGCGAUCCAUGUGGGAACCAGCGAGAUGAUCGGAAUCUAUUCUGUCACAAACACUGUCACAAAAUCAGAUUCAAGUCAGCAGACUGUUUAUGGAUGUUUGAGAUGUUUGCGGCGUGGGAUCCCUCACGACCACAAAAAAGAAAUUGUUCAGUUAUCAAAAUUAGCUGUACCCGUGUGCAUUGCUCAGCUUCUGGUGUUUUUCAUACCUUUUGUCAGCACUAUGUUCUGUGGACAUCUGGGGAGGACAGAGCUGGCUGGGGUUGGUCUGGCCACAGCUGUGGCGACUAUUGCUGGUAUUUCAAUUGGAAGUGGAUUGGCAUCAGUAUGUGACACGUUAAUGUCUCAGACCUUUGGCAGUGGCAACUUAAAAGGAGUGGGGGUCAUUCUACAGAGAGGUGCCCUCAUUUUACUUCUGGCUUGUUGCCCAUGCUGGGCUGUUCUUAUCAAUACAGAGUCCAUCAUGCUGGUCUUCAAGCAAAGUCCAGAGGUGGCCAGACUGGCCCAGAUGUAUGUGCAGAUCUUUUUGGGUGCACUACCAGCAGUAUUUUCGUUCCUGCUACUAGGGAAGUAUCUUCAGUGUCAGGGUAUAAUAUGGCCUCAGGUGAUCACAGGAAUUGUGGGAAAUGUCCUGAAUGCACUGAUCAACUACAUCUUCCUGUUUGUACUGGACCUUGGCGUUGUUGGUUCAGCUGCAGCCAACACCAUAUCCCAGUACAGCCUGGCUCUGUUCCUGUUUGCCUACAUUUAUUGCAAGGGUUUGCAUAAGCCCACCUGGGGAGGCUGGUCUGUGGAAUGUCUGCAGGAAUGGGGAUCCUUCCUCAACUUAGCCAUACCCAGCAUGCUCAUGAUAUGUCUGGAAUGGUGGAUGUAUGAUAUUGGGUCAUUCCUGACAGGUCUGAUAAAUGAGGUGGAGCUGGGAGCACAGUCAAUCCUCCGUCAGAUGAGUGGUGUUUCAUACAUGUUUCCUCAAGGUUACAAAAUAGCUGCCAGCGUGAGAGUGGGGAAUGCUCUGGGAGCUGGAAAUACACAGCAGGCUCAACUGUCCAGCAAGGUCUCCAUAAUGUGUACAGUUGUGAUGUCCAUAUGCAUAGCAAUAAUCAUUGGGACAGCAAAGGAUUGGAUGGCCAUUGCCUUCACAAAUGAUGAGCAGGUCAAGAGGAGGUUUGGAGAGGCUGUGGUUCUGUUCAUACCCUUUCACUUAUUUGAUUCAAUAGCAUGCGUGUCUGGGGGCAUUUUGAGGGGGGCGGCAAAACAGAAGAUUGGUGCAGUUUCUGCUCUGCUGUGUUACUACUUUGUGGGGAUUCCCGUUGGAGUGCCCUUGAUGUUUGCUACAGAACUUGGAGUGACUGGUUUGUGGGCUGGUUUGGUAAUUUGUGUUUUCCUGCUGGCUGGUUUCUCUCUUGCCAUUAUUUUCAAACUUGACUGGAAGAAAGCUGCUUUUGAGGCGCAAGUCAGGGCUGGGGUACAGAUGGCAGAGAAGAGCGAUCAGGCGCAGGCCAUGAAGAUGCAGGGUGGCUCUUACGAAAUGACUCCAGAGAUCCAUGGUGGGGAGCACAGUCCCUGGCAGUUCAACUCAGACCUGGAAGGGCUGCAUGAGAGAGAAGGUGGGACCCUCACCACAGUGGGGGAGGUGCUGUCUAACAGGCAGCUGUUUCUGCGCCGGGGGUUAGCGCUGUGCGGUAUGCUGGUCAUACUAGGUGCAGGAAGCCUCACCUACAUGCUGCUCCCUACCGUCUUCAGACAGGGGUUAAACGAGACUGUCACCAUACCACCCACUGUGGACAACCUGUGGACCCAUAAUCCUAUGGACUAAGUGGGCCAAGUGGACUUUCAGCUGUUUUUUGCCCAUUCAAGCUUUUGAUCCCAGCUGGAAUGACUCACAAUGCAGAGGGUGGCUCUUGGCAGCUUCCCAGUAACAAUUGUGAAUGAAAAUAUAAUCCUAAUUUUACCUCUUUUUUUUUUAGCAUUCUCAGUAAAUCUGUCAUACAGCAACAGAAACUUUUCAUUUGGUUUAUGAAUUCAUUUCCUGAUGGUGAGCACACUUGACAACAUUCAAAUUAAAAAUUCUUUGUUCAA